AUGCAUGACAAUGCAUAUAAUUUAUUAUACAUUGUAGAUAGCAAGCGGAGUAAAAUAGGCAAAGAAAAUGUCUUUAUUCAAAAUUUAUGUUUGUCACUGCAUGAUUUUAUAUUAAACAAUGAUGCUACAUUGUUAUUUCGAUGUACACGCUUACUAAUUCAUCGACAUGAAGAGAUUUUGUUAGAAAAAGCCAUUCAAAAUGGUCAUUUAACAUUAGCAAAACAACUAAUUAAAGUAUUACAAAUUGAUACAUUAAAACGACGAAAUGAACGAGGUGAAACUGCAUUGUUACUUGCAGCAAAAUUAAACAGGAAAGAUUUAAUUGAACUAUUAUUAAACAGACAUAUAGAUUUAGUAUACGAUAUUGAUUAUAGAAGAAAUAAUAUCUUUCAUUUAUUGACAAUAAACAUCGACUCGACUGAUGCCAUUGAAUUUAUAUUCGAUUAUUUGAAACAAAAAUCGAUUAAUAUACGUGAAAUAUUUGAUACAGAAAACAGCGAUCAUUUAACACCGUUACAACUGGCAAGAGAAAAUAAUAAUUUACGUUGUAUUAAAUCAUUUGUUUUAUAUGAUUAUUUCAAUACAAAUGUACAUGACAAAUCUAUCAGAGAUGAUUUAUGUCAUUUAACAAUUAGAAAUGGUGAUAAUGUACCAAUGAUGAAAUCUUUAGUCGCCAACGUACAGCUAGAUAAUAAAAAAGUCGAUAAUGUGGCAUUAUGUCAGUUAGAAAAAUCGUUCAAUGGAAUGAACGUUUCUGAUCAUUUAAAAUGA